AUGCUGGGCUACGCAAACGCUGUGAUCUUCGUGGCAUUGGCUCUUUCCAGCGUGUCUGCCAACUACAUUCGUACAGUCCCAUCUGGCGAGUUUACCAAACGAUCGCUGCAUCAUGGCAUGCAUCGUCGCGCAGGCGCUUCGAAUGCAGCUGAAUUUGCCAAGAUCCAGGACCCUGCACAGCAAUGUAGCUACUACGACAUACCGGAACUUACAAAAAUGCUCAAGUCCCACCAGUUCCCAAAAGUAAGCCAUAUUGCUAGUAUCCCUGAAGGCGACACUCAAGCUCAGCAAGUGUGGCAGGAUAUUCAGAACUCGGGCAUCAUCCCCAAGGAAGUGAAGGUAAAAGGGCACACAGAUGGCAAGGGACACUCCGCCAUUGACUUGGCUGGAUACGAUGGCUCUGCCGAUCCAGACUGCUGGUGGUCCGCCUCGACAUGCAAGAAGCCCAAACAUGCCAACAUCCCUUCGGAUGUGUACACUUGCAAAGAACCAAAUACGUGGGGACUAACCUUUGACGACGGGCCGAACUGCUCGCAUAAUGCUUUCUAUGACUUUUUGCAGAAGGAGAAUCUCAAGGCGACCUUGUUUUAUAUCGGUACCAACAUCGUGACUUGGCCCCUUCAAGCCCAGCGCGGCCUUGUGGAUGGUCACGACAUUUGCGGCCACACAUGGGCUCAUCGUGCUAUGACAACCCUGAGCGAUGAGCAAGUGUUUGCCGAGCUGUACUACACGUCCAAAGCGAUCAAACAUGUAACGGGUGUCACGACCUCUUGCUGGCGUCCUCCGUACGGCGACGUCGACGACCGUGUUCGUGCUAUUGCUGCAGGUCUUGGUCUCCGCACAAUUCUCUGGCAAGACGAUACGGACGAUUGGAAUGUGCAGCCGGAGGGCGAUGCGUCAGUGCAAAAAAUUGACCAGAAUUAUGAAAAGAUCAUCGGCAAAGCUGACAAAGAGAGCCCCAUUGUAUUGACUCAUGAGAUUAACGAGUACACCAUGAAAGAGUUCCAAAGGAUGUUUCCUAAAGUGAAGGCUGCGUACACGAACGUUGUGCCUUUGACCGCUUGCACAAACGUCACAAAGCCAUACGUGGAGGACAUCACGUACCCCGACUUUGGUCAGCUUAUUACUGGGGGCAAAGCGACUGGCCUGCCGGGCGGUGACUCGAUCCAAUUCGACGCAGAUCAGUCUGCAUUUAAGGUCGUUUCUUUCUCCCAGCAGGAGAAUGGUUUUGGCCACAUUGGCCGGUCGCGCACUGCUAAUAACCCCGAGACGUCCAGCAGCUCUGCUCCCCAAAGCACGCCUAACAGCUCGUUCAGUGAUCCCCCUACCAACGAGUCGGACACAAAGGAAGGGACCAAAAGCGGCGCAGCUACACUCUCGGGUGCCUUGACUUUCCUUGCUGGCCUUGGCAGCACUGCCUUGUUUGCUAUCUGGCACACCACUCUUUAG